GGUAACUCCAAAAUUCAAUGUCUGUUCUCAAAAACACACUCCAAGAGCAUUAAAGUUGGUCAAAAACAGCCAUACUUGACAGAUUGAUUACUCACCAAACAAGCUUUCUCCUUAACUAGAAUAGAAUCUUGCUCAUCAACUGCACCUCAAGAAAGGAGCCGUAUUCAGAAUUCAUUAUUACUCCCUACGCUACAGUUAAAGUUGCAUACAACUUCCAGUGGAUCUCCUGUCCUGUCACCAGUUCACAUGCAAUUUGAUGGCUGAACGCCUAGAUAUCCACUCAAUAAUUAUUGCCUGAGGCGCGGGAGUUUUGAGUUUAGUUGCUGAGUUGACUCGAGAUGGUUGAAUGAUUUUGGGGAGUCGCAGCUAUGAAGCAGAAUUUGCUGCGAAGGUCUAGCUCCCAGAAAUUGCAGAGGAGAUGGAAGAGAAAGCUGUUCUUAUUGCCGCUGUUUUUGCUCGGACUUUGCAUCGGAACUUUCGCCCUUAUGGAGACGCAGUACAGUCGUAUCAAAACGCUUGCCUUUCUAUCUCGUCCGGUUGUUCAGAAGCCCAAAGUUGCGUUUUUGUUCAUAGCUCGGAAUCGGCUACCUCUUGACAUUGUCUGGGACGCAUUCUUCCAGGGAGAUGCGGAGAAUAAAUUUUCUAUACACGUUCAUUCCAGACCUGGCUUUCUAUUUACUAAAGUGACAACAAGAUCGGUGUAUUUCUGGGACCGCCAAGUUAAUGACAGCAUACAGGUAGAUUGGGGAGAAGCAAGCAUGAUUCAGGCAGAGCGUCUUCUGCUCCGAAGUGCAUUAGUCGAUCCCUUGAAUGAAAGAUUUGUAUUUCUUUCGGACAGCUGCAUACCAUUGUACAACUUCAGCUACACAUACAAUUAUAUAAUGUCUACCUCCAAGAGUUUUGUGGACAGUUUUGCUGAUAAUAAGGGAAGCCGGUACAACAAAAAAAUGCAUCCUGUAAUUCCUGUUCAAAACUGGAGGAAGGGAUCUCAGUGGGUUGUUCUAAACAGAAAGCAUGCUAAAAUGGUAGUGAGUGAUGAAACUGUUCUUCCUAUGUUUCAGUUGCAUUGCAAGAAAAAGCCGCUACCAGAGUUUUGGAGGGAGCAUCCCGUGCCUGCAGAUACAUCAAAGAUUCAUAAUUGUAUACCGGAUGAACAUUAUAUUCCAACGUUGCUUGCACAAAAGGGACAAGGAGGAGAAAUAAUCCGAAGAACCUUGACUCACACAUCAUGGGAUCUUCCAUCUUCCAAGCGGCGUGAACGGCAAGGAUGGCAUCCUGUCACUUACAAGUUAGGUGAUGCUACCCCCAUGCUCAUUAAAUCUAUCAAGGAUAUAGACAAUGUAUAUUAUGAGACAGAGUACCGGAGAGAGUGGUGCUCCAGCAAAGGGAAACCAGCCUCGUGCUUUCUAUUUGCAAGAAAAUUUACUCGACCUGCCGCUCUAAGACUGCUCAACAACACGUCUGCGCUUGGAGUUUCCAGACAAAGUGGUUACCACAGAUUAGAAGGUACCACGUUGAACGCCACUUGAAGAACAAAAUUAGUAUCAUUAGCAAUUUAGCAUGGAGCAACUCAGCAAGCAUACCACAAUAUAAGGAGUGUUUAAUAUCUUAACGUGGUGUGUAUAUUGUUAAUUAUUAGUGUAUCUGAAAAUCUUGUACGAUAGUAUACUAUAUAUAAGUAGUCCGGAGUAAAAAGAAAAGAAAAAAGAAAAAAUACGGGGUAAUACAUUGUUGUAAAUUAACGAUGGGAUUUUGGAUCCGAGGAACUGGUUGAAACUUAACCGUUAUAAUCUGAUUUUAUUUUUACAAAUGA